AUGGACAGAGCGCAUUUGAUUAACAUCACAAAUCACAACUUUAUAUGGCAAAUUCGUAGGGCAAAGUUGAGAAAUCCAUUUUGCACUAAAGAUUAUGUGCAUGACUCUGUGCGGGGGCUCGUGGGCAUCACUCUAAAUUAUGAUAGACAUUGGUGUGAAGCUUUGGUGUUGGAAGCAGUUCUCCUGCCACUGGUGGAUAUCAUCAAUUCGAAGGAGCGUGUGGUUGAACUGUUAGCAAGGUUCAUAAAACCAUUUAUCGCAGAUAGUAUUGCCAACGCCAUUCUGAAUUUAGAGGAUGAUGGAGAUGGUGAUGUAGAUGGAAAUGAGGAAGGGGAAGAUCGUGAGGAGUAUGCAGAGGAUGAGGAAUCUAUAGAUAGUGACACCAUUUGUGAGAUGGCCCGCAGGGAAGUAUGGAAGGAAGAGCAGGAGAGAUUGAAAAUAUUUAGGGGGUGUGCGAGACGUAAAGGCCAGCAACGUAAUGUUGGAUUCCAAUUCAACGGCAAGCUGGGAGAUUUUGGUUUGGCAAGAGUGGUAGAGCGUGAUCAGGCGGCCUCCCAUACGACCGUGGUGGCCGGUACACUGGGGUAUUUAGCUCCCGAGUGCUGCAUAACGGGGAAGACAAGUCCAGAAGCGGAUGUGUACAGCUUUGGGGCGGUUUCAUUGGAAAUUGCCUGCGGAAGGCGACCCGUUGAUCUUACACUUGGCGACCAUAAUUGCAGAUUGGUAGAAUGGGCUUGGGAUCUGUAUGGACAGGGAAAGCUUCGAGAUGCGGUGGAUAAAAAACAUAGUGGAAAUUUCAAAGAGAAGGAAAUGGAGCGGCUGGUGAUGGUGGGGCUGCUGUGCUCUCAUCCAGAUCCCUCAUCGAGGCCCACAAUGAGAGAGGUCACUAAGAUUUUGAAAUGGAAAGCUGAAUUAGCAUAUGUUCCACUCGAUUUGCCUGUUCCUGUGUACAAUGAGCCUCUUCGUCUUGAUGUGACGUCAGCUUUGCCGUCUUCGCCUGCACAAAACUCCUCCAUUGUAAAUGAAAUGUUGUCAACACUGAAUGCGUCAGUUUUGUCGUCAUCUAUGGCCUCCUGCAGCUCGGGCAAAAUGUCCAGCUCUCUACCGUCUAGCACAGGACAUAAGUAG